GAUUCAACGACGCAUCGCAUCACUCACGCCCUAAACCACAACACAGUUAACAUGGCUCCUCGAUUCAGAGCGCCCCGAUUUCGCGCGAAAUUACCAGACGAGACUUCGCGAGAAUACGGCCGCGCACGAUUCGAACAUGGACGCAAAGCCUUCCGUCUUUUCCAAGCUGAGCAAACAUCGCGGCUCCCAUCACCGCCAAUGACCACAAGCGACGGCGUCGAAGAAGACACCAGCAGUAACAACACGCUGAACCUGAGAUACGCCUCAUGGUACUCAUCAAUACCAACAACAGACUAUAGCGACAUGAUGCACCGGAGCCGACCGGAGCAGCAAUCCUCAGCUCCGAAUGUCGAGUCCCAGAACAAGCCCGUGUUGGAUGAUGACUGGUCCGACAGUGAGCUUGAUUGCAACCAUGGCCCGUAUAUCUAUGACCCGUAUAAGGGUAUCUUUGAGAUCGUUUCCGAAAUCAGACCGGAGGACGACGGUCCGUAUUACUACAACUUAGAAACAAAGACGUAUGAGCUUGCACCAGAUAUGAGGAAUAGGAGAACAGAGACACCGGAUAUUGGCUCUGACGAUUCAUUCACGAGGGCUCUUGAGCAUGUAUACGAUGCCGAGGAGGUACAAUCGACGAUUGUCGAGGCGAGAGAAUCAAAGAGAACGAGGACGGAGGCGAAGAAAACAUACCGCGUCCAGAAACGGUCGCACCAAAGUUCCCAGCCAGCAAGAAUCAGCAACGUUGAACGGGUUCUGCAAGAACUAGAAGCACCGACCACCGCGCCAAUAUCUCCACCCGAAGACCACUACCAAUUAUCACAGCGACGUGAAAGUCCGCAGAUUCAUAGCAGUGGGGAUAACGCACGGCAGGAAACAACACAUCGGAGAUGCAGUAGUGCUGAGUGGAAAGGGACAUCAAGGCAGUCGAUACAUCGUGUUCGCAAGCUGUCGUCUAAGAAGGAGACCCCAAGGGUGAAAAUCAGUAACGCUGAACGGGUUUUGGUCGAGCUGAGUAAACCGCAGCAGCGGAAUUCUGAGGUCCGUGCCGAAGACAACAUCGGGAAACAGGUCACACGGAGGCAGACAUCGCAGAGACGGCCACCUUCACUCCAGAGACAAACGCAACGCAUCCAUAAACGAGCAUAUACCAAGCCGCCUGCUCGAGCACAGAUCACGAACAUAGCGCGAGUACUUGCCCAAGUUGAAGACCAAUGGUCGCGGGCAUCUGGGCAUGAACCCAUGCAGCCCCAACGACUGACGCGUGCACGAGCAAAGACGGGGAGUGCAGCCCAGAUUCUGUUGGAACUUGAUGGCCGAGGAUUACCACGGGUACAGGGUUCCGAGGCGAGAACUACGAGAGCAUUGGCAUCGACAUUAUCGAGACGGACUCGCCGAGGCAUGCGCGAUUGAGAGGCAAAUGGCAGGUCAGUGUGAUAACUGCAUCAAGCCCGUUGGUUAUCUAUUACAGCUAGAUGGCUGCGCCCCUAGAACGUCCGAAAUGGCAAAAUGGGGCGCGACUCUCCUCGGGAGACAAUCCCGCAGCUUGCUCUGCCCCAGUCAAGUUACCGAAAAAGCUGGCCCGGUUGCAUCACUUCCGGUGAACGGCGGACUGGCGAAUGCUCAGGAUUCCCGAGAUGGGAGUAGGAGUUGAGAUCCAAAAGUUGCGCGGCAAUGGCAUGCACGUGUACCGGUUAUCCUGACAGGGUCGGGUGCAGCCGGCGACGUGUUCAGCCCUGCAUAAGUCGAGGCGCGGAUGAAUGUGUGCUGGUUAUU